AUGUCACAACGACUAAUGGGGCUGCCCACGCAGCUGCAGCAAUUCAUUGCGCGCCCAUUAUCAUCAUCGCCACUACUUUUCCUGGCGCCCCAAUUCCAGCAGGCCCGCAAUGCCUCCGUCCUCUCUUCGCUCUCUGACAAUCCCUCCGCGUACAACAAGCGUAUCCGACGUGGUCGUGGUCCUGCCUCUGGCAAGGGUAAAACCUCCGGUCGUGGUCAUAAGGGUCAGAAGCAGCAUGGAAAAGUUCCAGCGCGCUUCAAUGGUGGUCAGACUCUCGAUAUUGUCGUUAAUGGUGAACGGGGAGGAACCACUAUGUACGCAAACCAUUUCAUUUUUCUUUACGCUUUCCCAAACCCAAGCCCAAGCCAGCACUAUAUUUUCCUUCCUUUACGCUUCCUUUCCCUCCCUCAAGCGAAAAUCUCGAUAUUCAUUUUAACCCAAAUCAAAAACAAUCUAACAAUCCCUCCCAGCUUCGGCCUCGACAUGGCUCCAGUAAACCUCUCCCGCAUCCAAGAAUGGAUCGACCAAGGCCGCAUCGACCCAACCCGCCCUAUCACAGUCCGCGAACUCGCCCAAUCCCGCUGCAUUCACCAAUACAAAGACGGCGUAAAGGUUCUCGGCGACGGCUCCUCAGUCCUAAAACAACCAAUUCACCUCGUCGUCUCCCGCGCAAGCGGCACAGCAAUUUCAGCCAUCGAAGCAGCAGGCGGCACAGUCGCUACCCGCUUCUACACCCGCAGCGCAAUCAGACACAUUAUGGCUAACGAAUCUCACCCCUUCAUCUCCUUGCAAUGGAAUGCAGAGAGUGGCUCCAAGGCUCUGCUCCAGGCUGAGGCUAAGGGUGCUCAGCAGGCCUCUGAAGCUGAAGCUGGGCCUGAAGCUGGAGCUGUUGUCGACGAACAGGCUGUUAUGAAGGCCAAGGGGUAUGCUUAUCGGUUGCCGGAUCCGGCGAGACGUCGUGACAUUGAGUAUUAUCGUGAUCCUGCGCAUCGGGGAUAUCUGGCUCAUUUGCUUAAGCCAGCUGAGGGACCUAGUUUGUUCUUUAGAUCGCCUGAAGAGCGUAAGUCGGCGGCUGGUGUUAAGAAGGAGAAGGUUCUGCCUGUGAAUAGACUUUGGUAG